UUAAAAAAGUUAAUCAAGAAGCCUUUUAAAUAGUUGAAGAUGUGCUUUUGAACAACUGGAGCUCUGUCAAUUGACUUGGAGGCCUUAGCUCCUAAACUUCACCUUCAAGAAAAUGGCUGUAUCAAGAGAAGGUGAGACAGAGUCUUCACACUUGGCCCAAACAGUUGAAGAAACAACUCGUCCAACUUUUGCUGAGAGUCAGAAAAAUACAUUUGAUCAGUUCUCCCAAACACUUCAAACACAAAGGCGUAAUUGGGUACUAAAUGUGCCGGAACCACCAGGUCUGUUUUCCAAGCUGAAAACAAUAUUCUCUCCUCUUGAAAACAAGCUUCACUGCAUUGGAAAGCAGCCCCUUCCUGCACUCAUUUCGAUUCUCAAGACCAUAUUUCCUCCACUUUCUUGGUGUAAACAAUACAAUGUAACAAAAUUCAAAAGUGAUAUCUUGGCUGGUUUAACUCUUGCAAGCCUUUGCAUCCCUCAGAGCAUUGGCUACGCGACUCUUGCUAAACUUGAUCCUCAAUAUGGCCUGUACACAAGUGUUAUCCCACCGCUAAUUUACUCUAUAAUGGGGAGUUCAAGAGAUAUAGCAAUUGGACCAGUUGCUGUUGUUUCACUACUCUUGUCCUCGAUGAUUCAGAAAUUUGAAGAUCCUGCUGUUAAUCCAGCUGCAUACACAAAGCUCGUGCUUACUGUAACCUUCUUCGCGGGUACUUUUCAAGCUGCCUUUGGACUACUUAGGUUGGGAUUUCUAGUUGAUUUUCUGUCACAUGCUGCUAUUGUUGGUUUCAUGGCUGGUGCUGCCUGUGUGAUUGGUCUACAACAACUCAAAUCAUUGCUUGGGCUUUCAAAGUUUACAAACAAUACUGAUAUCAUCUCUGUCUUAACUUCUAUCAGCAAAUCAAUGCAUACUUGGAACCCUUUUAGCUUUAUGAUUGGGAGUUCAUUCUUCAUCUUCAUCCUUUUUACCAAGUACUAUCUGGCAAGAAAGCACAAGAAACUCUUCUUGUUAUCUGCAAUGGCGCCAUUACUGUCUGUAAUUCUGUCAACACUAAUUGUUUUCUUGACAAGAGCUGAUAAACAUGGUGUUAAGAUAGUGAAGCACAUCACUGGAGGUUUGAACCCGACUUCCAUCCAUGACUUGCAGUUCAAUAGUCCUCAUACUGCCGAAGCUGCCAAAAUUGGGCUCAUCGUUGCACUUAUCGCUCUCACAGAAGCCAUUGCUGUAGGCCGAUCCUUUGCUACAAUGAAAGGAUACCGACUUGAUGGAAACAAGGAAAUGCUGGCCAUGGGUGUUAUGAAUAUUACUGGAUCUUUAACUUCUUGUUAUGUUGCAACUGGUUAGUCUUUUAAUUUGUUAUUACUACUAUUUCCAAAUACGAAGGUUUUAAUGCAAACUAAUUCUCUCCUUA